CAACCUCAUUGAGUUCUACCAUGAUCCCCUUAUAGAAUAUCCCUCAGGCCUCGAGGACUCAUACAUACCAAGAUGUCCCCGCCAAAGGUCUUGGUGAUCGCCGGCUCUGAUAGCUCUGGUGGAGCCGGGCUUGAAGCCGAUCAAAAAGUCCUAGCGGCCCACGGCUGCUAUGCCAUGACAGCGACGACGGCAUUGACUGCCCAAAAUACUCUGGGUGUUCAGGACGUCCAUGUCACGCCUCCGGCCUUUGUCGGCAAACAGAUCGACGCGUGUCUUACAGAUAUUCCAUGCGAUGCUGUCAAGCUUGGAAUGCUUGCCUCGGCGGAGACCAUCAGAGUGGUCGCCGAUGCUCUCCAGAGACACAAAGUCUCCACGAUAGUCCUUGACCCUGUCAUGGUCUCGACCAGUGGCCACCAACUCCUUCCAGGAGACGCCAUACGAAACCUCCGUGACAAACUCCUGCCCAUGACGACGCUGUUGACACCCAACAUCCCGGAAGCGACUCUCCUCCUCCGCGACGCCGACAUUCAAUACAAAUCACCAUCUAGUCUCGAAGACCUCAAGUCCCUAGCCAAAAUGGUUCAUCAACUCGGACCUCGCGCCGUCCUCGUCAAGGGCGGCCACAUGCCCCUGACCAAGACCUACACCAAAGCCGUCAGCGACGACGAGAAACUCCUGACCGUUGACGUCCUCUACGACGGCUCAGACUACACCAUCAUCGAAUCGAAAUACCUCCGCUCCCGAAACACCCAUGGCACAGGCUGCUCCCUCGCCAGCGCGAUCGCCGCGAACCUCGCCAUCCAGAAAUCAACGUCCCCACCACCACCUUCUACUACCACUACCACCCCUCUUGGCUCCGUGUCCCUAUCCUCCGCCACGCGCCUUGCCGUACACUACGUCUCAACCGGCAUCCAGACCGCGCAUGCGAAUCUCGGCUCCGGCUCCGGCCCCAUCAACCACUUCCACAACGUGCAAACCCUGCCGUUCUCUCAGGGCCACUUUAUCGAAUACCUCCUCUCGCACGCGUCCGUGACGGCGAUGUGGCACAAAUACACGCACCACGCCUUCGCCACGGGCAUGGCGCGCGGGACGCUCCCGGAACCUUUGUUCAAAAACUACCUGGUCCAGGACUACCUGUACCUGACGCAUUUUGCGCGCACGCACGCGCUGGCCGCGUACAAGAGCCGCACGAUGGACAGCCUCUCGGCCUCGGCCGACAUCAUCCUGCACAUCCGCCGCGAGAUGGACCUGCAUUUGAGUUAUUGCGCCGAGUUCGGCAUCACAAAGGACGACCUCGAGCACCCGAGUCGCAAGGAGAGUCUGGCCUGCGUCGCGUACAGCCGCUACGUGCUGGACGUCGGCCAGAGCCAGGACUGGUUGGCCAUCCAGAUGGCCUUGGCCCCGUGUCUGCUGGGCUACGGCGAGACCGCCAGGCGCCUCUACACGGACCCGGAGAGCAAGACGGGCGAACAGGGCAACAAAUACUGGCGCUGGGUCGAGAAUUAUGUCGCCGACGAUUACACCGAGGCAGUGAGGGUGGGCCGGGACUUGAUCGAAAGACAUAUCACGAAACAGUCACCCUCGAGGAUCGAGGAACUGAUCAACAUUUUCGUCCGGGCCACGGAGAUGGAGGUGCGGUUUUGGGAUUUCGACGCGCAUCCGGAUGACUGAACAGGUUGGAAUACAACGGGGUCUGGAUGUUACGGGGACGGGAGGGCCUAAACGGGGGUCUCAUCGGUAGAGAUCUAGAUAGCCCAGGUUGUGUGGAUAUAGAGGGUACUUACGGAGAAGUACACGACAAAGGUCGACGGAAAUCAGGGGCUGAUUGGGCUUUGGUCUUGGACAGACUGGCUGUUUCGAAGGGCAAUUUGCAUAUAGCAGAAGAGUCGAGACCAUGGAUCUUUUCUCUCUCUUCCAACCUGCCUGAUUCCCGCCCAGAGGCGUGCAAUGAAGCUUGUCCACUGAAGCAGCUCUGGUGACGUCCGAAUAUAGUAGCAACAACAGCAAG